AUGAAGAUAGGCGGACGAGCUUCGUGCGAGUUUCCGGAGAGCAUGCAGGGCCAGUGGUUCCAGAAAUCGUACCACGAAGACAUCAUAAUCACUAAAACAUCGCUGAGUAAACAUGGACAGUGUCGUGAGCGGCGGAACGACAAGUUCCUGCUUUUCAACACGCGGGACAACACCUACUCGUUUGUUGUGAUCACGCAGAAACAUCCGAACGUGAUGCAGUACAAGGAGACGCCGUCACCUCUGCAAGGCAACUGGACACUCGAUCGAGCGUCUCACGAACUGGCAGGUGACACCCCGCUGUACUCGGUGUUUCGAGUCAAUGGAGAACCUGUUCCGUGUCCGUUCCGAGACACGUACCAUUUCUCAUACAACCGCGGCAGUGGGAACUGUUCAAGCCCGCCAUCAAUAAGCGAUUUUUGCACCGACAAAAAUCGCGUGCUGUUCAACUUCAAAGCGUGUUACGACACCCACAGCGAAAGCCGCAAGGAAACGCUCACCUGCGUCGGGACCUGGAAAGAAGGCAGCCAUCACUACCUCGUCGGAAAGAUGGAGCAUGCCGCUGCACAUUCGAAUGAGGACCGGUUCCGCUGCUUCAUCUACGAAGAAUGGCGGGGCCGCAGUGGGCAGGUCGAAGGCUACCACAUCGCCAUAUCUGGAGACGCCACAUGCGAUGGAGUUCAGUCUCCCAACGAAGGGAGCACUCUCCUUUACAUGAGCCGGAGUCCCCGGUCGAAAAAAAUCUUUCCGUCAUGGAUGUACCAAGAAUCGCAUCAUUGGCGAACCUUGAAUGGCUCGCGAUCGUUCGAAAUCUCUCGGCAGAAUACCUCGUUAGUCAUCCAGUCGUCAAGAUGGAUUGAACAACGAUGGACAUGUGAGGACGCCUACGAAACUGGCGAGAACCAAGCAAAAAUCGUCGUCAACGCUAUCGAGGGCUGCGACAGCGGAUACAUCUGUCUGCACGUAUAUAGGAGAGCGUCGAAUGUGCUGGAGCUCCAGAUUGGACAGAGCACUCCGAGAGUAGAGGACGCUUGCCUGCAGAGUUUUUUCGAUCCGAGUGAUUUGGACUACGUUACGUUGAUAGCCGACCCUCCGGGACAAAUCGAUGCGCCGUUCGAAGGCAAAUACGUCCUCUCCAGACCGAGUGGAUCCCUAUUCGCCGAAAUGCUCAAAACAUCCAAUAUGGACGCAUUUGACUGUUCCGGACAAAUGACAGUAUUCAGCGGGUGCGAAGGCGAUGCGUCCCGCUUCGAAAUCCGGAGCAGCUGUGGCACCGCGCCGGGGGAACCGCGACAAGAUCGCAGCAAAGUCAUGUCCGUACAAGCGACCUGGGAGCGCACUGAUGAGCACGGGAGCACCACGUACAUUGUCGUAUCGCAUAACAACCAGAGCAAAGAGAGCCUCGAGCAGGGAUUUUGUCUAGCGCUCACAGACGAGAACAAAAGAGUCUUCCUGCUGGGAGCGGAAUCCUGCAGUCGACGGAGGGUUUCGAAUAACUUCAGAAUGGACUUCUAUCUAGAGAGCGCGUGUCCGCCGCCAGGCACCUCGGUCGCAUCGGAGCGCUCCUCCUUCGUAUCUGUCGUCGUGCUUUGCUUGGCUGUCGCAGUUCUGACGCUGCGCAGUGUGCGAGACAGCAGCUUAUAA